AUGAAAUCGUUUCUUCGAACAUAUUCAAAAUCGAAAAAUUCAGCCCUAGCAGAACGUUUUCUGCAAAUAUUGGACGAACAAAUAUCCCAUCUGACUGCUUCUGUCAUCGAUAGGGACCCCACUCUCAAAAAGUUAUAUGAGAAGUACGAAGCAGGUGGAUCGGGCCACCGUGAUAAUUCUGGUCAAAAUGAACUUGAGAGGGCCAUUGAAGACUCUCAGAAACAAGAACAUGAGUUCCGAGACAAGUUCCAGAAAGAAAUCGCCUAUGUCCAAAGCGAGAAAUUGCUUCGAUCACGACAAGCCAGAGAUCUCGCUGAUACAAUCACCAAUCCACCUUGGAGUGGUACUGAACGAACUAGUGACACCGCACUAAGGAUGAUCGUCGAUUCUAUGCCUAAAGCAAAGGCAGUUGGACGCCAGAAGACCAUCAUCACGCCUCCGGUUCCAAUUUCAGAUCGCAUAAAAAAUGCCAAAGAAUCGAGUCUAGAUUAUAAGGUUAGCAAGACCGAUAAAAACGACAAGAAUAAAGACGAUAACUUCCGGGAGUUGUACAAGGAACGGCUAAUGGGACCAUCGAUGUUUGUGGAUGCAACAUCUCCAAAAGCAACCCUUGGAUUGAUCGGCUCCAUGGCUGAUGCCCGAAUAAAUGCAGCUAUUGAUCAGAAAACGGGAAAGUUUGAGUCUGGAGAUAUGGACAGCGUUCGGGGUAAGCCCCUAGAUCGAGACCGGUUGGCCAAUUCAACAGAUACCAAUUUUUUUCUCAAUGAGAUCUUGAACAAGCAGGACUGCCUACCUCCAUGGAUAGAAAGUCAACAGGGCACACAAAGAGAGAUCAGCACAUUCCGGUUGGAUUUGGAGAAGAAAUGGUUCAACAUCAUGAUUAGAAAGCUUAGCGACCGUUUUCACGAUAAGAUGGAAAUGUUGAGGUACUUGGAUACUGAUGCAAGGGCCAUCAGCAUGGCAGCAUUAAAGGAUCAGUUUACUCAGAGCCACGACAAGUACAUGAGUGCAAAGGUGGACAGUUUGAAUCAGGCAAUUCGAAGUUACAAUCUACAAUGUCCUUCAAGCUCCCUACAUAAGUGGAAACUCGUUAAGGAUCUGGAGUUGCAGCGACUGUAUGACCAAGUCAGGUCAAAUAUUAAGCUGUUGGUAGAAGGGUGGUAUAGCGAGCAGACCACGACUCGUAGGAUUGAUCCUAAAGUUAAAGGUUCCAGCGACUCGUUCAUCGGCGUGUUCGACAGUGCUAAGGGUAGCCUUAGCAUAGGAUCGGGCUCUCAAUAUAAUGUCAUUGAGCGCCCAAAGGAACAGCUCCACUUUUGGAAACUGGUUAAACAGAUAUUCAAACUGUAA